GAUUUUUUAUAUCCUUUCUUGUGUUCUAGUUUUCUUUGAGGCUAUUUCGAUUCAAAUGAAUGUAUUAUGGAAAAUUCACGAGAGCAGGAGAUUUGGGUUUAUAGCUAUGAUUGUAGACUGUAGUCACAAAACGAUUGUUCCUCAAAAUAAUAUGUUAUGGUAGUCAAAUUCAACAGUCUCAUCGUGUCCAACCUCAUGUCUUACAACUUUGAGUCACUCAUUAGUGAUAUAUGAAUUAUCACUAUUUCAAGAAGCUAAAGAGGACUCAUGAUUAUAGUGUACAUGUACUGUAGUUUAGGAGGGGCUGCAGCUCCUCUCAGUACUUAGGCUCCAGGUUUUAACAUGUGAUUACAUAUAGUAAGCAAACUUAGAAAGUGGCCAAAUGGCAAGGUAUCAGGUAUGAGCCUCCUCCUUCCAUGACUACUUUAAAUUUCAAGUGCUUGGAAGCUAUUGAAUGCUUUCUUAAUUAGUUUCUCUUUUUUUUGUAUCACUUUAAAAUUUUGGAUUUACCAACUUUUGUAAUAAACACGACUCAAAUGAACAUUAUCCCGCUUAAAAUGUCAAAACAAAAUUAGUUCAUAGAUAGAAAUCCAUUCUGAAACCAAAGUGCCCACUCUAUCCUCAAUCAAUCUACAAUAAGAUGACAAGGAUGUGUUGGCAUUGAAGUUUCGUCUGUCCAUUGUUGUGGCGCACAACUAGAGAUGACAAUUUUAACCUGACCCGUUUUAUCCGAUUUGUUUGGCCUGUUUUGGGCGGGUCCAAUCCGCCCUGUAGGCGGGGCGGGGCGGGAAUGGGUACCUCUCGUCGACCCGACCUGCCCUGACCCGCCCCAUCCUCGACCCGUUCUUGUUUAAAUUACAUGUAAUCUUAGUCAAAUUACUUAGAAUUUUCUUCAUAGUACCUCAUAUUUUAGCUAUAAUAAAGUUAUAAAUAAGUGAAAACCUCAAUUUCUCCAAUACUUUAACUACAUUUUAUCAUAUUAUGAUUUAUUUCUUGGUCUUUUUAAUGAAAAUAAUAAAUAUUUGUUAAGUUUUUCACAUAAAUUACAUGUCCAUUGGGCCGACCUGCCCCGACCCACACCCCAUGAUAAAUUACCCGACCUGAACCCGACCUACCACGAAUUGGGUAUGGAUAUCGAGAUAUCCAGCCCGGACCUGCCCCUUCUCAUUCCUACGCACAACCAACUUAAUUGGAGAAAUUAUUAGUUUGCCUUUUGAACCGUUUUAUGUGGGAAUUCCAAUCCCUUGAUGAAAUGGGGAAAUUAGGUUAUCGAAAUGGAUUGUUAGAUAGAGCGUCAAAGAAUUGAAGAUGGUGGCUAUGGCCUGAGGUAAACGGAAGCAUGAUUAUGCUGCACCAGCCAGCCAGCCAAAUCAGAAUUCGUGGCUGUAAACAAGGCAUUAGGAAGUCGUGGCGCCAGCCAAAGCAGCAAGCAAACUCAUAUGUGAUGGCAACCGAGUCAUCAAUUACGUUGACCCCAUUUUCAGAGUUGGAGACCAAAUGUUCGGUCAAUCUCUAAUGCACAAACAACUGUGUGGUCUAGUCAUCCAUUGGUUUUUUCUUUCGAUAUUGGAUAAAGUGUAGAGAAUCAAAUAUACCGGUCCAUCAAUCCAUGUGACGAACUCGACAACAGUGAUUUAUCGUGUGACAUAGUAAAAGGUGAUAAAUUACAUGGCUAGCAAUAUGAUGUGGUAAUAACAAAUUUCACGAAAAGGUACUGCAAGCGCUCAAUCUCAUCCGUCCAUUUUUAAAAAUGAGAGAUAAUGAAUCCAAGGCCCAAGAGGUGGGCAGUGAAAUUGACAAUCCACUUAGGGGUUGUGAAAGAUCUCAUCCCUCUCCAAAUUUCAUUAAUUCCAUAUUUAUGAAGAAAACUAAUAAUUUUUUUUGUAUGAAAGCUAAGUAUAAUAUAUGUAAACACUAAACACCGAAAUUGUAUUGAUAAUAUAUGUAACAGUGUUUGUGAGAUCGUACCAGCAGUGCGGAUGGAAAAACUUUCUAUUGGAGGCUAAAUUGGUAGGUGGUUUAAUGGUAUAAAAUGAUUAUAGCAUAAUUUAAGUAUAAAACAUUCUUUCGUUAACAUUUUCCAUACAACCUCCCACUAACAUUUGCUUUUAAUUCACAGAUCCAGAAGCAACCAGAUUACCGUCCUUCAAUUUUGGUCUCAAUUAUCUCAUUGAACAGUGAACUAGAUAGUAGUGUGAUGCUUAUGGUUCUUAAUUCUUAUCGACAACUUUUGCUUCUUUUUCUUUUCUGCAGCCAUUAGGGUUUCUGGAUGUGUACUUAAGUGGCUAAUACAUAAGACUGCGGUCUCAAUUAAGCCGCGUCCACAUCAAUCAAUCACACGCUCAGGCCAGAACUUAAGCAAAUCAACUUAUAAUUAGUAUCCAGUUCAUCAUAAUACCGCUAAUUGACGAAAUUAGCACGAUGAUGUGAAGUAAUCCAACGAUUUAUUGCUGGCUUUGGAGAAAGUGGAAAAUAUUAAAAUGCCGUCGACAGAUUGGAAUUUCCACAAUGAUUAGCUACCUUGCUCAAGCUCCCAUGGCGUAAAUUGAAAUUGGAAGAAGAUUAUCUGGUGAAGUAAAUGUAUAAAUAUAACAACUUGCUCUAGGUAAAUUGCGACAACUCUGAAGAUUUCAAAUAUGUUUUGUAUUGAAGUUUAUAUUUCUCGUGAAUGUUGUGGUCGAAACCUUGGAUUCACACUAAUAGCAUUUUAGUUGUGAAUCUGAAUCCAAUGAAUUUUUGAAAGCGCUUCUCUUGAGUGAUUCAAUCAAUAAUGUAUAAAAUUCACGAUACCUCAUUAUAUGUAUAUGAGAAUGUGAUUUUUAUCAAUGUAUUCAAGUAAUCAUCUUCUACAAAUUAAACCAAGCAUCCCAAACAAGGAUCCUUCCGCAAAUGCAUCCUUUUUACCAAUCCACUUACUGAAAUAUAUAUAUAUAUAUAUAUAUAUAUAUAUUCAAGUCUCGAUGGUCAUAAAUGAAAUAUGUUGUUUUUUUAUAAAAGAUAAUCAUAUAUUGAAUCAAAAGAAGAUAGUUACAUUCUGGAUCGAAGCCAGGCCUGAAAAUCAAACAAACGACAAGUAGUCGGAAACAAAGUAAGGGCCUUUCUAGCCACCGAAUGGGCUACCCUAUUGCUAUCCCGACCUACAAACCGAAUACUAAAACCCAUCAAACUCCUCAAACAAUGCACAAUUUCUUCCAGAACCACCCCAAUCCUGCUGUCCCUGGUCACGCCUUGGUUAACUUUGUCAAUAAUAAUCUUGGCGUCACCUUCAAACAAAAUAUUCUGGAGACCAAGGCGUACACACCAGAAAAGAGCUUCUCUGAGAGCAAGAGCUUCUGCUACCAAAGGAUCAUCAAUCGGAGGGAAUUGGCAUCCAUGAUCCAGAAGCAACCUGUGGCGCGCAUCAAGCAAAACCAUUCCAGCACUCGAGUGAGACCCCGCCCGCGUAGCCCCAUCCCAUUUACAAACCACCAAAGGACUCGACGCCGGAGGAUUCGUUAUGGGAUCAACUUGGGGCCUAUCCUGUGGCAUCCUGGUACCCAUCACAUUCCCUCAUUCCUCACACUGCUGAUGAUACUGGCGCAUCAAAGCCGGGAAACAAAACUGCUUGCCUUCAAAGACAACCUAGUUCCGAGACUUCCAAAUCCGCCAGAGAAUGACAACCACCGACAUAAAAACCGAGGGCUGCUGAAUAAUGUUUAACAAUCUCCUGAGGAAUAGGGGAAAAGUAUGGCGGGGUAAUCCUUUCCCCAUAUGCUCCAGCUCCGAGUAGUCCCACAGGGUCCGGGCCACCGUACAAUCAAAGAACAAAUGCUCCAUUGUUUCCAAAGCCCCCCCCCCCCCCCAACAGCCCAACAGACCGGACAACGAGGGAGAACAGGGGCCCGUUUUUCAAUAAGGGCUUCCGUGGUCAGGAGGAUACGAUGAAAGAUCUGCCAGACAAACACCUUCAACUUAGGAGGGAUGUUAGCCUCCCAAAGUCGAAUCCAGCUAGCUCUAUCCAUCCAACUGGCCGACGACCGCCAAAGGCAACUUCUUUUAUCUAGAUCAACAGCUAGAUGAUAGGCGGAUUUAACAGUAAACGUCUCGUCCGCCGUACCAUGCCAAAUUAGUUUGUCCUCCACAGAGUGCCUUGGCAAAGGAAUAGCCUUGAUGCGUCGGCAUCAGACCAACCACCCCCAUUCGGCUCCAUAACCUCCUCUACUCGAGGGUCACCCCCCUAUGGAAGGACUAGUGGAUUAGCCACUGGUAUGUCAGGGUGGAGUAGGGGAAUCCAAUUCGACCCAAGAAGUGACGCUUUUCUCCCAUCCCCAAUCUGCCAUCGAAGGCCUUUCUCGAGCAAAUCUCUCCCAAACACCACACUUUGCCAGCCCCAUGAACUUACCCUUAUAUACUUGCGCCAGCAGGGAGGUGGGUUCAUUGAGGAUGCGCCAUCCGAUUUCAGCCAAUAAGGCCUGGUAAAACUGUUCAAAGCGGCGGAAACCCAUCCCCCCAUCAUGUUUACUACGACACAUAUUCCGCCAGGAGACCCAGCGGAUUCGUGACUGAUCAUUCGUCCCACCCCACCAAAACCUGGCGACAUGUUUAUCAAUCAAUCUACAAAGGGACAAAGGCAGCUUGAAGCAAGACAUUACAUGGAGGGGCAGUGCCAAGGCAAUGGAUUUAAUAAGAGUUUCCUUCGCAGCCCAAGAUAAUGUACGUUGCUUCCAUCCUUGUAAUUUUUUGAGCAAUUUCUCCUCUAGGUAGCGAAAGGUCGCCAUUUUUGAGCGGGCAAUUAGAGUUGGGAGCCCCAGGCAUGAACCCCCACAGCUCCUACCCCCAUAACUGUCGCCAAAAAAACCUGGUCCUCCUCGUGGUCUAUAUUCUUGCUAAAACAAACAACCAAUUUCUCCAAGUUCACAGUUGGCCACUCAAUUCCUCAUAUUCGUUCAAAACAUCGAGCAGAUUUUCACACUCCUAGAGAUUACCCCGUAGGAAUAGGUAAGAAUCAUCCACAAAGAAUAGAUGAGUAAUACGAGGAGCACGGGGGGCAACCCUCACACCUUCCAGUUUCCCUUCCGUUAUGGCCUUGCGAAGAAUAGCCGCGAAGCCUUCUGUACAAAGCACAAACAGAAGUGGUGAUAAAGGAUCCCCUCUGCCGGAGUCCGCGGGAAGACGAGAAAAACCCCGAGGGAGUGCCAUUCAUGAGAACUGAAAAAGACGUAGACCGUAGGCAUUCCUGUAUCCAUCCUCUCCAGACCGAGUUGAAACCCAUUUUCUCCAAAACCGCUAGAAGAAACGGCCAUUCGACUCUGUCAUAGGCCUUUUCCAUGUCAACCUUCAGAGCCAUGUACCCUUUCUUACCACGGGUUUUGAUUUUCAAAUAGUGCAUCAACUCGUGACCGACUAGGAUAUUUUCAAUAAUUUGCCUUUCUCGAAUAAAAGCAUUCUGACCUUCCGAGACAAUUGAAGGUAAAAUAGUCGCCAAUCUAUUCAUAAAAAAAUAGUCACCAAUCUAGCCGCCAUGAUUUUAGAAAUGAUUUUGUAGACGAAUUGGCAUAAGCUUAUUGGGCGCAAUUGUCUCAUGGUUUCAACAUUUUCCACUUUGGGGAUUAGUGUAAGCCAAGUGUGAUUAAAGCUCCUAAGCAUCCUACUGGAAGAAAAGAAGGAGCAGACCGCUUUAAUCACCGAAUCCCCAAAUAUGUUCCAGUAAGCCUUAAAAAACUUCCCCGUGAAACCAUCAGAUCCAGGGGCCUGCUUAGAACCCAUGGAAAAGACCGUUUAUCUAACCUCUUGGGGUAAGACUUCAGCUGUCAGCAUAUUGUUCAUCUCCUGUGUCACAUUUUGGGGAAUGGGAAGACUUCCCACCCGGUUUGACAUAUUGGGCACUUGGUUUUCCGAGGUGAAUAAAUGUUGGUAGAAGUGAUUGGCAAUAUCAGCCUUACCUUUCUCAUCUGUAAUCCAAUCUCCCUCUUCAUUCCGGAGACCAGCAACAUAAUUCCUUUUCCGUCUGGUCUUUGUGACCGUAUGGAAAUAUGAGGUGUUUCUAUCACCUCUCUUCAGCCAGUGAACACGGGAUUUAAUAUGUUUAUCCCUCCACGUUUCCGACUUUCGCCUUUCUAUUUCUUUUUCUAGUCCAUCAAAGAAAUAUAUAAUUUAUGUUGUGCAAGUAUCUUAAUUGCAUAUGGAGUCAUUUAGACCUUGUUUAAAUAGUUGGAUGAUUGAAAAUGAACCAUUUAAACUAGUUUCGACCAACAUGAAAAUCUCAAUAUCGAUCUACCUCAAGAAGUCCGCUCAUCAAUAUUAUAUAAAGACUUCAAAAUCGAUGUACACAAGACUUAAUGUAAAUAGAACAUAUCAUACUCGACUCAUUGAAGCAUCUUAUUCGAUCUAAAACUUCACAUUGCAUUUUCCAUAUUUCGGGUGACCUUCAUUAGGUCACAUUUUCUACAUUGAUGCAUAGACUUAUAUUAAUGGCCGGGUUUUUUUCAUCAUCACAAUGAAUGAACUUACCCAUUUAAUUGCUAUCUAGUUGGUAUAUCACUUUCAUUCCUUCACAAUCCUGGCCAUAGAUUAUGGUGUGGGCAAUUUAUGCAAGUCCUAACAUGAAAUUAAGUAAAAGAUGGUGGAGUGAAAAGGGAUCAAUAUAUUAAAUUUCCACCAACUAUCCCAAGUUUAGAAAUCUUGACAACCUGGUCCUUCAAAUCAAAAGAUUCUCCCACUCAGCAAGAUAUCUUGAUUAAGCAAACAAGUUAGGACAGGCUGGAGCCACCACCACUACGCCAGUUCUAUAUUACUAUGCAUGAUUUGAUUAGGGAAAGGAAAAGAAUAUAAAUGCUACUUUUGAUUUAUUUUUCCUAGAUGGAAUGUUGCUUUGUUUGAUUGGAUUUGCUUUAUUAUGGAGAUAGUGGAGGAAUUUGAUUUGUUUAUCAUGAUUUUGUGGAAAACGAAUUUGUAAAAUUGAAUAAAAUUUUGAAACUAGUAUUCUAUCACCUUGAAAGGAAAUUAACUAUGGGAUCAUCCAAUGAAUUGGAUUGUUUUAA